GAUCUCAGAGCAUCACCGUUCUCCGCGGAGUUCAGAGUGCGUGAAGAGUGUUUGAAGAUGGCCGUGUUACCACGUGUCGUGUUUUUCAUUGCCGUUGUGAUAUUUCAUUUUUCUGAAGCCCAAAAUGAAUUUGCAAAACUCCCAGAAUCCUACAGGAAAGGAGUGAGACUCGCAGAGAAGCAGGUUAACUCACAUAAUGGCGUGCAGUACCAUUUCCUCUUCUUCAAAAGCCUGAAACAGUCCAGCAUCGAGGCAGGAUUUAACGUGAACUACUUUUACCAUCACUUUUACCUCAAAGCCACUAAAUGCAGCCGAGGAACUGAAAACGCAGACUCGAAGACGUGCGUGUUCAGAAACGACCGACCUGUGAUCGACUGUGCCAUGUGCUACAAGACGUUCAAUGGCGAGAUUCUGAUGGAACCAAAACCGUACAUACACUGCAUCUAUAAACCCGCGCUCACGCAGGUGAUGGAGUCGUCUCGACUCGAACACUGCAACAGUAUGUCUUUCAGCAGUGGAACGAUGACUCUCCUGGCCUCGACUGGAUCUGACUAACGAUUCCUGGCUGAAAAUCUAACGCUCUUGAGCUGAUAUGCUAAUAAUCCGUUAUCAGUGGCAUUAUAAGAAACGGGUUAACUACAAACUAGCAUUUUAGUGAACAGACUAAACUACAAACUUGUUUUAUAGUAAAAAAAAAACCCAAACAACAACCUAUAGUGAACAGACUAAACCACACGCAGGUAUUAGUGCAAACAGGCUAAUUAUGAACAAAUUUUUCAAGAAGUAAGCUUUUAAAAUGCACUAAGAUGUGAAUCAGCAAUAUAUAUAUAUAUAUAUAUUAUAAUCAAUAUUGAUUCAGCAUUAAACUAGCACCAAACAAGCAUUCUAGUGAACAGGCUAAACUACGAACUUGUAUUAUAGUGAAAAGGCUAAAGCACACACUAGCAUCAGAGUGAACAGACCACGAACUAACUUUUCAUUAAGCUUUUAAAAAUGCACUUAAGGUGUGAAACCUUUAAUCAAUAUCGAUUCAGCAUUAAAAGGAAAAGUUCAUUUAAUGGAUACUGUAGUAAGUUGGCACAAAAAUUAGCGUGCAUGAGUGCGCACACACACACACACACACACGCACUUACUUCCUGUUCACAGUUUAUAUCCUGUACAUUACCCCUGACAGAGGAUAGCUCUAGUUAUAUCACUCACUGUAUUGGUUAUUCAAUAUUACAUUACUGAAGCAAAAGUUUAUACCCCAGUGUUUUUCUUUUUCUUUCUGUUUUACAAAUAUUGGUUUAAAAAAAUUCGACGAGAACACAAUAUUCCUUGUCAAGAUCAGGCAUGUGCUAUUUAGUAAUACUAGUAAUAAUAGUAACACUCGAAUUAUUGGCACUUUUCACGAGAGUGAUCAUAUACACAUGACGAAUCAAAAUCCUUCUACUCACAAAAAAGCUUCUAUAAAAGCUAUACAUUGUCCUAUAUGUACACACACACACAUAUAUAUAUGUGUGUGUGUGUAUGUGUGUGUGUGUGUGUGUGUGUGUGUGUCAGCAGGCACAGAACUACCUCUAAAGCAUUUAAAAUUACUUUACAGCCAAAAUAAAUAAAUAAAUGAAUAAAUAAACACACAAAUAAAUGCCGUAAUGUGACUGUAAAAAAAUAAUAAUAAUUCAAAGUAAUAUGAGCAUAAAUUGCAUGAAUGCGUUUUUUUUUAUUAUUAAUCGUUCAAUUAUAUAUAUAGCCGUAAAUAUAAUGAUAUCAUUUUAAAUUGACAGUUUGUUUCAUUCAUUUGAUUUCAUAUUUAGUUCAUGUUAAAUGUUUAAUGAUAAUGACAUCCAUAAUAAAGAGAUCCUUUAAUCCCCA